UGGUCAGAGAUCGUUGAAGAAAACGAAGCGAUGAUAAUGAAUAAAGAAUCAGCGGCACAGGAAAAUGAAUUACUUGAUACAUCUUUAAAACAAUCGUCGGUUGCAAAUAACUUGUCGAAAGAAAACCCUAGUAAUAAUAUAGUAUUUAAAAAAGAAAAAGGAGAGGAAAGCAAAGAAUUACAUGAAUCUAACAUCGUAUUGGAAAUUUCUAAUACUCAGCCUUCGAAUUCGACAAUUCAAUCCAGUAUGCUGAUUCAGGAAAAUGAAAACAAAUUAUUGUUUGAAACAACAGUUCCUGUUGUAGGAUCAAAAAAAGAACCCGAUACAAUAAUAGAUAAAUCCAUAUUGGAGGAACAAACUUCUACUGUUGAUAUUGUGACGAAAACCGAACCUACAGCGAAAGAACUUAACAAAUGUUUUUCCAAAAACAACAUUACUUCGGAUAAUUCUCCAUUACAAAAAAAUAUUGAUCAUGGUACGUAUUUAUUAACUAAUUACUUUUUAAUUUCAGAAGAACCCGAUACAAUAAAAGAGAAACCCAUAAAGGAAGAACAUACUUCAACUGUUGAUAUAGCGACGCAAACCGAACUUACAGAGAAUGAACCUAAAAAAUGUUCUUCUAAAGACAACAUUCUUUCGGAUAAUCCUCUAUUACAAAAGUGUAUUGAUCAUGGCAAGAAAGUAAAAUCAUCAAAUACCAAGAUUUCACAAUCGAAAAAAGAAGACGAUGUUAUAGUUGUGAGCAAUGUUGCUUCAUCUUCAAUUUCAAAUAAUUUAAAAGAAGAUAUGAAUAUGAAAAAGAAUAUUGAGCAAUCUUUAAUUAAUUUGUGGGCAGCAAUUAAUAACCUAGAGAAGAAUUUAAAAACACCGUCAAAAAACACUUCUACCAAUUGUGAUGCCAAAGAUAUGCAUUCCGAAAAGCCUCUUCCAAAAACCAAGAAAUUACUGAAAUAUUCAUUUACAUCAUGUUCAGAUAUCAUUGAAGAAUAUGAAGCGAUGAUGAUGAAUAAAGAAUCAAUGGUACAGAAAAAAGAUAUACUUGAUACAUCUUUAAAACAACCGUCGGUUGCAAAUAACUUUUCGAAAGAAAAUCUUAGUAAAAAUAUAGAGGGUAAAAAAGAAAAAGGAGAGAAAAGCAAAGAAUUACAUGAAUCUAACGUCGUAUUAGAAAAUUCUAAUACUCAGCCGUCGACUUCGACAAUUCUAUCUAGUACGCAGAUUCAGGAAAAUGAAAACAAAUUAUUAUUUGAAACAACCGUUCCUGUUAUAGGAUCAAAAAAAGAACCCGAUACAAUGAAAGAGAAACCCAUAAAGGAGGAACGGACUUCUGCUGUUGAUAGAGCGACGAAAACCGAACCUCCAGCAAAAGAAGUUAAAAAAUGUUCUUCCAAAGACAACAUUCCUUCGGAUAAUUCUCCGAUACAAGAAAGUAUUGAUCAUGGCAAGAAAGAAAAAUCAUCAAAUACCAAGAUUUCACAAUCGAAAAUAGAAGACGGUUUUAAAGUUGAGAGUAAUGUGACUUCAUCUACAAGUUCAAAUAAUUUAAAAGAAGAAAUGAAUAAGAAAAUGAAUAAUGAGCAACCGUUAGUUAAUUUGACGACACCAAUUAAUAACCUAGAGAAAGAUUUAAUAACACCGUCAGAAAACACUUCUACCAAUUGUGAUGCCAUAGAUAUGCAAUCCGACAAGCCUCUUCCAAAAACCAAAAAACUAAUGGAAUAUUCAUCUAAAAAAUGGUCAGAUAUCGUUGAAGAAAACGAAGCGAUGAUAAUGAGUAAAGAAUCAACGGCACAGGAAAAUGAGAUGAUUGAUACAUCUUUAAAACAAUCGUCGGUUGCAAAUAACUUUUCGAAAGAAAUUCCUAGUAAAAAUAUAGAGGGUAAAAAAGAAAAUGGAGAGAAAAGCAAAGAAUUACAUGAAUCUAACGUCGUAUUCGAAAAUUCUUAUAAUCAGCCUACGACUUCGACAAUUCUAUCUAUUACGCAGAUUCAGGAAAAUGAAAACAAAUUAUUAUUUGAAACAACCGUUCCUGUUGUAGGAUCAAAAAAACCCGAUACAAUAAAAGAUAAAUCCAUAUUGGAGGAACAAACUUCAACUGUUGAUAUUGUGACUAAAACCGAACCUACAGGGAAAGAACCUAACAAAUGUUUUUCCAAAGACAACAUUGCUUCGGAUAAUUCUCCGAUACAAGAAAGUAUUGAUCAUGGCAAGAAAGAAAAAUCAUCAAAUACCAAGAUUUCACAAUCGAAAAAAGAAGACGGUUUUAAAGUUGAGAGUAAUGUGACUUCAUCUACGAGUUCAAAUAAUUUAAAAGAAGAAAUGAAUAAGAAAAAUAAUAAUGAGCAACCGUUAGUUAAUUUGACGGCACCAAUUAAUAACCUAGAGAAGAAUUUAAAAACACUGUCAGAAAACACUUCUACCGAUGAUGAUAACAAAGUUAAUCCAUCUGAAAAACAAAAUGUUAAAAUCAUGAAAAUCAAUGAAUUGUUGGAAUCAACCAUUGAUUUGGAGUCUUCUAUUACUCAGCCCUUAUCUUCAUCAAUUCAAUCUUCUAGUUCUUUCGUUCAAUUUAAUGAAAAUAAACCGUUAAUUCAAUCGAUUAUUCCUGUGGAUGAACGAAAAAAAGAAUCAAUGGUAAAGAAAAAUACGAUACCUAAUUAUUCACCUAGUGUGGUUGACGUAUCAGUGAAAUCCAAGGAUACGGUUAACAAUUCAUAUAAAUCUGUGAAAGAUAUAACUGGAUCUAGUCCUGAAACUGUGCGUAUUGUUCUUUCUGUAAAAAAAGAAGAUAAAAAUGGCAAUGUUUUUAAGAAAUCAAUCGUAAAAUAUCUAGUUCCUGUGGAUAAACAAAAAAAAGAGUGGAUAACAAAACAAGAAAUUUUAUUAGUAAAGAAUUUUCCUAUCCCUGUUGACGUUGAUAAAUAAUCCAACGAAACGUUUGAGAGAACAGAAUCUUCCGCUAAUAAAAACAAGUUUAAUGGAAAUGAUUAUUGAAAAACGAUGAUACUAAAAAUAUAAAUUA